CAUCGCUUCAAUUCUCCAUUUCUCUCUCUAUUUCCCUCCCCGCCUCUGAUCUCUCUCUCUCUAAAUUCGCCAUUAACAAUCUUCACCAGUUCAACAUCAUGAAGAAAGUGAUUCUCAAGGUAGAGCUACACGACGAGUCAAUCAAGAAGAAAGCCAUGAAGGCUGUGUCUGGGCUUCCAGGGGUUGAUUCUGUGUCUGUGGACAUGAAAGACAAGAAAUUAACCCUAAUAGGGGACAUCGAUCCGGUGAACAUAGUGGGGAAGCUGAGAAAACUGUGUCACACAGAGAUAGUUUCAGUGGGACCUGCAAAAGAAGAGAAGAAGAAGGAAGAGCCAAAGAAAGAAGAGAAGAAGGAAGAAAAGAAGGAAGAAAAGAAGAAAGACGAAAAGGAACAAAUGGCUGAUCUUCUUAAGGCUUAUCAGAAUUAUUAUCAGAAUCAGAUGAAAACACAAUAUUACUAUCCUCCUCAAUAUCCUGCUUACUAUGCAAGAAGUGUGGAAGAAGAUCCAAAUGCUUGUGUUAUCUGCUAAAUUUGUAUACAUAUUUGAGUCAGUUUGAUGCAGAAUAAGUGGGAAUAUUGACGAAGUGAGAGUAAUUUUCUGGUUUCUGGGUUUACAGACAGAGGAAUCUGCUGUAGAUGUACAGUAUUUGCUCUUUCGCAGCAUAGUGAGGGAUUAAUUUUUGUUUAAAUUAAAUAUCUAAAUUUUAAUGCUGUUUUUGUUCAUAAGCUGUUAUUAAUUAAUUAUUAUUUUGGUUGGUUUCAA